AUGACUUCUGACUUAAUGGAGGUUGAUUCGACUCCUGUUCCCCAGUUGAAAGCUGUGGAUCAAGUUGUUGUAGAUAAAUUUAUUGAUUUGUUACGUCAGGUAUCUAGAACGACUACGACCCUAGAUUCUAGAUAUGUUUGGAAGUCAUUGAGAGAAUUGCCAGGUUUAAGGAAAGAGUUAAAUCAGACAGUCUUGUCCAUCAUAAUCAGUUUGGUAUAUCCUGAUGAUUCUACAUUUAAAGUUCCGUUGUUGAAGGUUGUAAACAAAAAAAUGAAAACUACAGUUGAAAAUGCAGAGGCUUUCAGUUCCAAGUACCCUGCCGAUUUCUAUCAAUUGACUAGUACUGGUACGGUGGAUGUAUCUGCAGAGGUGAAUACAUUUGUUCAUUUACUGGUACAAUUGCACCUAAUGGACACUGAGCAAAUACCAGCACUUGAAAACUUUAAUUUACAAAUUGUUGUGCCUAACGUGCUUCAGUACUAUAAUAACCGCACUUUGGACUUUAUCAAUGCAAAGCUUUGGUUCUAUAUUGCUAGAGCUCACGAGUUGUUGGGAAAUACUCGUGAUAAUACUGUUCGCGUUGAAAUGAUGCUAUUUUUGAGAACUGCAACAUUGAAGUAUGAUAACGAAACCAAGGCCACCUUGAUAACCUUAAUUUUGAGGGAAUAUCUAAAUGCAGGUGAGGUAGAAACUGCGGCUGAUUUCGUAAGCAAAGUUGAAUUCCCCUCGGAUCAUGAUGUUUCUAGUUCAUUAGAAGCGCGUUACUACUUCUAUUUGUCCAAGAUCAAUGCAAUUCAGCUAGACUACUCCGCUGCCAAUGAGUAUGUGAUGGCUGCCAUAAAGAAGGCUCCAAAUUCGCCUAGCAGCUUAGGCUUUUUACAACAGGCUAAUAAACUACAUUGUGUUAUUCAAUUGUUAAUGGGCGAUAUCCCUGAAUUGUCCUUCUUCCGCCAAGUCGGAAUGGAGUCCACUUUAACCCCAUACUUCCAUUUGUCGAAAGCUGUCAAAUUGGGUGAUUUGAAGAUGUUUACCUCCACCAUCUCAAAAUAUAAGCAACAACUAGUCCAAGAUAGCAACUACCAGCUAUGCGUGAGGUUAAGGUCAAACGUUAUUAAGACAGGUAUACGUAUAAUUUCUUUGACAUACAAAAAGAUUUCCUUGAAGGAUAUUUGUCUCAGACUUCAUCUCGAUUCCGAACAAACCGUCGAAUACAUGGUGUCUCGUGCUAUCAGAGAUGGCGUGAUCGAGGCCAAGAUUAACCAUGAAGAGGGGUAUAUCGAAACAAGUGAGUUAUUGAAUGUCUACGCCACAAAACAGCCACAGAACAUAUUCGAUGAGAGGAUUAGAUUUGUAAACCAACUCCACGACGAAUGUGUGAUGGCAAUGAGAUAUCCCGGUUCAAGAGAAAGGAAGAAGAACGUCAAAACUGAAGAAGAAGACAAGGAACCUGAUGGCGAAGGUACCGAAUUAUCAGACUACGGUUCUGAUAUUGAAGACUUACUCUGA